CGGAACGGCGAGAUUGACGCGGCGGCAGCUCGGAUCUCCGCCCUCACCAAGCACCGGGCGCUAUUUGAGUGUGUGGAAUAAGCGCUGCUGCCACAGCCUGGGACUUAAAGCACAGAGACGCGGCGAGUUCGCUGCAAGAGCGGCAGUUAAAAAAAAACACCACCCUCCCAAAGCCCAAGCCACGGCUACCUACCAUGGGCUCCAAGCUCAGCCACGCUCUUUGGAUUAUCUGCUGCUGCAUUUCUGUACUCAGCACCAUUCUCACGCAUCUGACGCAGGCUGCGAGAGAAGUUAUUUUGCUGGAUUCCAAAGCGCAGCAGACGGAGUUGGAGUGGAUCUCUUUUCCUGCUGAUGGGUGGGAGGAGAUCAGUGGUGUCGACGAGAACUACAUUCCCAUCCGCACGUACCAGGUGUGCAGAGUAAUGGAACCAAAUCAGAACAAUUGGCUGCGGACUAACUGGAUUGCAAGAAGCAAUGCCCAGAGGAUAUUUGUGGAGAUGAAGUUUACCCUGAGGGAUUGUAACAGCAUUCCAGGAGUCUUGGGGACAUGCAAGGAGACAUUCAACCUGUAUUACUUUGAGAGCGACUCAGAUGCUGGCAGGAACAUCAAGGAGGUUCAGUACCUCAAAAUAGACACCAUUGCGGCAGAUGAAAGUUUUACCCAGGGAGAUCUUGGAGAGCGUGUGAUGAAGCUCAACACAGAAGUGCGGGAAAUCGGGCCCCUGUCGAGAAAGGGAUUCUACUUGGCUUUUCAGGACGUGGGAGCCUGCAUUGCCCUGGUGUCUGUACGUGUUUACUAUAAGAAGUGUUGGUCCAUUGUGGAAAACUUAGCAAUUUUCCCAGACACUGUGACGGGGUCUGAAUUCUCGUCCCUGGUGGAGGUGCAUGGCACUUGUGUCAGCAAUGCCGAAGAGGAAGCAGAAAACCCUCCGAAGAUGCAUUGCAGUGCAGAGGGUGAGUGGUUGGUGCCCAUCGGCAAAUGCAUCUGCAAAGCAGGAUUUCAGCAGAAGGGGGAUGAUUGUGACGCUUGUGGGUGGGGAUUCUAUAAAUCAUCAUCACUGGACCAUCAGUGUGCCCGCUGCCCAGCGCACAGCCACACAGACCAGGAAGGCUCCUCGCGGUGCGAAUGUGAGGAUGGCUACAACAGAGCCCUUACCGAUCCUCCUUCUGUACCUUGUACAAGACCUCCUUCUGCACCACAAAAUCUUAUUUAUAACAUAAACCAGACCACAGUAAAUCUCGAGUGGGGCCCGCCAGCAGACACCGGAGGCCGAAAUGACGUUACCUACAGGAUAAUGUGCAAACGCUGCAGCUGGGAACUGGGUGAGUGCAUGCCAUGUAGCGGCAGCAUCGGCUUCAUGCCUCAGCAGACUGGACUGGCAGACACGUACGUGACCAUCAUAGACCUACUGGCCCACGCCAACUACACAUUCGAGGUGGAAGCCGUGAAUGGUGUCUCAGACCUGAGCCGUACCCAGAGGUUGUUUGCGGCCGUCAGCAUUACCACUAGCCAAGCAGCUCCCUCACAGGUUAGCGGUGUAAUGAAGGAUAGAGUGCAGCAGAGGAUUGUCAAUCUCUCCUGGAAGGAACCGGAACAUCCCAAUGGAGUCAUCACAGAAUAUGAAAUCAAGUACUAUGAAAAGAAUCUAAAAGAUCGCACUUACUCCACAGUAAAAUCUACCUCAACAUCAACUACCAUUAAUAACCUGAAACCAGGUACAGCCUACAUCUUCCAGAUCCGAGCCUUUACUACAGCUGGCUAUGGAACCUACAGCCCCAGGAUAGAAGUCUUAACCCUAGAGGAGAGUACAGCUACUGCUGCUUCCACUGAGCAGAAUCCUGUCAUUAUCAUCGCUGUGGUCGCUGUGGCAGGGACCAUCAUUCUGGUCUUCAUGGUGUUUGGCUUCAUUAUUGGACGAAGGUAUGGAACUAAGGAACAUGCCGAGCCGGGUCACACACUUGAGGGCAUUCUGAGAUGUUUUCCUUACGUGAGGAGAGCAAUAGAAAUACACUGUGGCUACAGCAAAGCAGAACAAGAAGGGGAUGAGGAGCUCUAUUUCCACUUUAAAUUGCCAGGUUCAAGAACAUACAUCGAUCCCGAAACCUACGAGGAUCCUAACCGGGCAGUUCAUCAGUUUGCCAAGGAACUAGAUGCUUCCUGCAUUAAGAUCGAAAGAGUGAUUGGAGCAGGUGAGUUUGGAGAGGUGUGCAGUGGUCGCCUGAAGCUGCCUGGAAAAAGGGAUAUACCAGUUGCAAUUAAAACAUUGAAAGUAGGCUUCACCGAGAAACAGCGAAGGGACUUCCUCUGUGAGGCAAGCAUCAUGGGACAGUUUGAUCACCCCAAUAUCGUUCACUUGGAAGGAGUCGUUACCAGGGGUAAACCAAUUAUGAUUGUAAUCGAAUACAUGGAGAAUGGAGCGCUGGAUGCAUUUCUCCGGAAACAUGACGGGCAGUUCACAGUGAUUCAGCUAGUUGGAAUGCUGCGUGGGAUAGCAGCUGGGAUGAGGUAUCUCGCCGACAUGGGCUACGUGCACAGAGAUCUGGCAGCUCGCAACAUUCUGGUCAAUAGCAAUCUUGUCUGCAAAGUUUCUGACUUUGGCCUCUCAAGGAUUGUGGAAGAUGACCCAGAGGCUGUCUACACUACCACAGGUGGUAAAAUUCCAGUCCGGUGGACAGCUCCCGAGGCCAUACAGUACCGCAAGUUUACGUCAGCCAGUGAUGUGUGGAGUUAUGGAAUAGUAAUGUGGGAGGUCAUGUCCUACGGAGAGCGGCCUUAUUGGGAUAUGUCCAAUCAGGAUGUUAUAAAAGCUAUUGAAGAAGGUUAUCGUCUCCCUGCUCCCAUGGACUGUCCACCUGGCCUUCACCAACUGAUGCUCGACUGUUGGCAGCAGGAACGCAACGAGAGACCCAAGUUUGAUCAGAUAGUUGGGAUCCUAGACAAAAUGAUUCGUAAUCCAAACAGUCUGAAGGUUCCUGUGGGUACUUGCAGUAGACCAAUCAAUCCACUUCUAGAUCAAAAUACGCUGGACUUCACCUCCUUUCGUUGUGUAGGCGAUUGGCUCGAGGCCAUCAAGAUGGAACGGUACAAGGACAACUUCACAGCCGCAGGGUACAGCACACUGGAAUCAGUGGCGAGGAUGACCAUUGAGGAUGUGAUGAGCUUGGGAAUUACAUUAGUUGGGCAUCAGAAGAAAAUCAUGAGCAGCAUUCAGACUAUGAGAGCCCAGAUGCUGCACUUGCAUGGUACGGGGAUUCAAGUGUAACAGACCUUUUCUCCCUUCGAGCAAAAGGGAACAGACUUUGGGGGAAAACAAAAAGACACCAUCUGCUGCUAGUACUGUCAGUACCAACAUUCUUCUAAAUUACUUCCUGUGAUGGAUCAGAGAUUCAGGGGAAGGUGUGCAACAAUGUUCCUCCAAGCCACUGAAAAAACAAAGAGGUCCUUUUACAGCACAGAUUGAGAGUGAUUGGAACUUGCACAUUAUGAAGAAAUUACUACCUGCAAUGUUUAGAACUUUACAAAGAGAAAAAAAAACACAAAAAAAAAAACGAAACUUCGGAUUCUAACCUUUUUUGUCUACUGGGCUUUUUAAAGGUGUACAUAUCAGUUUAUGUAGACUAUAUCUGUCAAAGACACUUGCCAUGUUAUGGUUAAUCAAUUAAAUCAUUUUCAAGACUUGUGCUUGCUGAAUGGGGUUCGUUCAGCCAUCUUGUUCUUCUUCCUUACCUGCAAUAUCGGAAGGCUUUCACUGCAACCCCAGUUCUUAAGUAUUCAUCCAUGAAUCUCUAUCUACCCCUUUCUGAUACCUAUGUGAUGAUAUUGAAAUUGAUGUGCCACUUGUAGGCAAUAGCCAUUGUAGUUUAAAUCUAAAAAGCUUUCACUUAUUGGAAGUUGGCGCUCUCAAUAAUUUCCAUCCAUUGUUACCGACAGGAGGAUCAUUUACAGAGACUUUAAAAAAGAAUUUUCCAGUUACAAAAGCUUCCAUUUUACUUUAAGAUUGUAUGCCGAAAAAUCUAAACAGAAAGGGAAUUAUUUUGAAGAGAGUUAAGGUUCCUUGAAACGGAUCCUUAUUUUUUAUGUAGGCUUUUCAGACCUCAUAAAAUAGCAUGGCACCUUAGCUAAUAUAGUGAUGAGAGAAAGAUUAAAAACAAUAAAAUUAGAAGAAAGAAAAAAUAUUGCAAUCAACGGUCAACUGAAUGGUUAAAAAAUGUUUGGGUUUAGACCAAACUAAAAUAUGAAGUAUGAUGUGGAAUAUGGCAGUGGAAAGGAAUGGGAAAAUGUAUAUGAUAUUAGGUAUAUGUUUGCAAAUGAGCUGUGGUGAUCACAGAAUAUGGCAUAAAUAUGAGCCUGCCCAUAGGUUCAAGGCUCAUAUUUGUAGAUACACUAAUGUAUCUAGAUAUGAUGGAAAAAAUCAAACCGACCGAACUCUGAUCUAAGUCCUUUCUCAGUGGAAAAGUGGUUAAACCCAGAAUGUUAUUGUCACAACCCAACUCAUUCCUCCAGUCAAUUGGAUUUUUCCAACCUGCAUUUCUACUCGACUGUAGCAUAAUUGAUGGUUACCUGGUCCGCAAAGACCCACAGAAGAUUCCAAAGAGUGGAGCUUUUUACUUUCAUGAGAGACCCCACAUAUCAGAUCAGAACUCCAUUCUCAUGUCCUGAACACGAGGGAUGCAAAUACUUCUAUGUAAAAGUUGUAAUUUAUUUGUACUGUCAUUUUUUUAUGCAAGUUUGUCUGUAGUGAGCUCAGUACACACUGAAAAUGCACUAUAUUUUUCUAUUUCACUGACAGAGAAUCACAGACAACUCAUUUAUUUUCAGUUGUACAUAAUAUUAACUAAUUAAUAAAAAUCACAUUUAGGACCAAAGAAGGUUGUAGUUUAGCGAACAUCUAAACAAAAUAUCUAAAGAGAUGUCAUUUUUUCCAAUUUUCUUUUUUCCCCAGAUCAUGUAUAGUGUUUUUAUAAUUGCUUUCAUUAUUUUGUGUUUAUAUAGUCUAUUAUUUAUUUCUGUUUGGUUUAGAGACAGUGACCCUGAAACAGCACAGGGUCUACCAGUGUCUUGCAAGAACUCCAACAGGAGGCCAGUAGGAUUCCCAGGAAAAUGGCAGAGAUAGAUGAUCAUUAUUACUGUUUGCUUUGGGUUAUACACCAGUAUCCUGCUGGAGUUACAGUAGGAUUGGUAGAACUCCUUCAAGACAUCAAGAGACCAGUAUAAUUCCAAAUGGUUUCUUUCCUCACAAGAAUACAGUGAAUUCUGUUGAGUUGGAAUCUAUAUAAAUAUUUCAUUAGAAGUUUUGUGAUUAAUCUGAUGGUCUUAUUUUUCAAUUGUUUGUAAAAGACUGUAAAUAUAUUUUUUUGAAAACUA